CCGGCGAGGGUCAGAGGUCGGGUGUCGGAGGUCAGGGGUGAAAGUUGACGGAGCAUGCAGACUGCCGAGGGAGGCAGAGACGCUAUAGGCAGCUCUCCUGACGUGUGUGAGAUCAUGGUAGUCUUGCUUGCGCUGUUGUAGUGUUCAGGCGUAGACGGUAUUUACUGUAUUUACACUUUGUGCUUACGGGGAUAAGGCAAAACAUGACCGCCAAUGAAGAUCAGGAGAUGGAGCUGGAGGCUUUACGUUCCAUUUAUGAAGGAGAUGAGUGUUUUAAAGAAUUGAGUCCUGUUUCUUUUCAGUACAGGAUAGGAGAUCAUGAAGAUCCUAAAGCUUUCCUACUAGAGAUCUCCUGGCCUGAAACAUAUCCAGAAAUUGCCCCCAAUAUAUCGCUGGAUGCCUUUUUCAACAACAGAAUUUCCCCAGAAGUGAAGAAAAGUAUUAUUGCCCAACUAGAAGAGCAGGUUGAAGCAAAUCUGGGAACUGCCAUGAUGUACACGCUGUUUGAAUGGGCCAAAGAAAAUCAAGAUUUGCUUAUGGAGAACCAUCAGCCUGUGAUCAAUGCAGUGACCCUGACCUCCAACACGGAAAAUUCCCUGGCCACCAACCUGAGCUCUUCGAACAAGAAAAGAGAGAAGAAAGAACAGUUAACAAAAGCUCAGAAGCGGAAGCUAACGGGGAGAACAGAUAACAGGGGUGAACUUCCACGAGGCUGGAACUGGGUGGAUGUAAUCAAGCAUCUUAGCAAAACAGGUGGUAAGGAGGAAGACUAGCAGCUGCUCUGGCGAACUGGAUGUCCAGGGGUUUUAAAAUCAAGUGCAAUGAAAACACACGACCUCACAGACCUGCGCGACACCAUGCUGCUCGACAGGAGCCAGAAUCCUCGCGGACCUGAGAGUCUAUCAGAAUUAGAAAACAUUUUGAAAGGAGUUUUUUUUAAAGAAUAAGACAGGUUUCAUGGACUUUAGAUGGAUGGAGCACUCCUAGAAGAGUGGUGUUUGUCUUUGUAAAGCAACAUAAAAUGACACCUCGUUGUUAGUGCUCAGUAACUUGUUUCCUGAUAUUUCCUGCAAUUAGGUACAGGUUGAAGUAUUUAUUUCAGUUCAGUGUACAUUAAACAUUUUGCUCAGCUCCAGUCCUGGAGGGACUGGUCACUCUGUAUCUCCAGCACCUAAAGACCUGUACACAGGUGUUAGGUUAAUCCAGUUAGGUCCGUAAUUGAAUCGCUCUGUUGGUGAAGAGAGACACCAGUAGGAAAACUUGUAGAAACAGCAACCCUCCCUGCACUGAGGUUAACGCAGUACGUUUCUCUAGAGCCUGUCUGCGCCGUUACCUCGGAGUGAAAACACGGUGGUCAGGGCGCUGGUAAAAGUCCGAUCUUUGGCACGGAUUAGUAGAGACCACCAUUCAUCUGUCUUCUUACACACGGCUUGCUGUGUAGCUGAGGCAGGUUUUGGUUGCGAUCCACAAAUCGUAACAGAAGACAUUUACUGUUCCAUCAGCCCAAUUGGAACGUUUUUGUUCGCGGAGUUUUCAUAUCUAAAUGCAAGCUGCACAAAGGACAGAUCACAAGAUGACCUAGACUUUUUGCAAAUUUUUUGGCACUGUGGCUAAGGGUCUGCGCCUGUGGCUGGAAGGUUGCCGGUUCAAAUCCCACGGCCGGCAGAGGAAUCCUACUACGUUGGGCCCCUCAGCAAGGCUCUUAAGGGCUCCAGGGGUGCUAUAAAAAUGGCUUCUCUCUCCCCAUCUGUGUGUCUCAUGGAGAGCAAGCUGGGGUCUGCGAAAAGACAAAUUCCUAAUGCAAGAAAUCGCGUAUGGCUAAUAAAGUGAUCUUAUCUUAGCUUAACAUAAUGUAAAGCAGAAGCCGUCUGUUUUCAGUAACAGCUUACUCCAGGACUGGGUUGGCAGUGAGCUGGAGCCCAUCCAGCAGACAGUGGGUACAGGGCUUCACAGGACAAUGGACGUGCAACCAUUAAAGAUGCCACUUAACCUAAUCUAACAAAGGCCGGGCCUGUCUUGGGGCUGUGGAAGGAAACCAGAGCCCCUCUAGUGAAAACCAUUGUGGCCACAGUGGGUGCUUGCACGCUCCACACACAGUUCCACAGUGGUGGAACCCGGGGCCAGACUUCAAUCCAGGGCCAUAGAGCGCUGAGGCACAAUCCUCGUGAAGAUGUUCUGCAGGUGUGUCGUCAUGGGGAGGACGGUACCUCAACCCGCAUAUGUGGCCUAGCAAUGUGGCAACUGCAACCACUUUUUUUUAAUGGCAAAUGGAUUGAAAAAAAUGUAAACAAAAUCUACACCCAAAACCCUCUAAUGCUGUGAUUCAGUGUGAAGUGGGGGGAAACGUUCAUGAGGCAUAUCUAAGGGGGGAUGCUUGUGGAGGCUCUGCUGACUUUUGAGGCCUGUCUUUUUCACAAGAUAUUCAUCUUUUAAAACAACUUCUUUUUUAAAAAAAAUAAAUAAACGUUAUUUAUCAGUA